AUGCAGCCCACGAGGUGCCUCUUGAAGCGAUCCGUAUGGAAGGGACCUAACAUUGUCCCUCUCCCUAUCGUCCGACCGGUACCUGGCAAGAAGAUUCUUCCCAUCAAGACCCAGGCCCGCUCAGCCACCAUCCUGCCCAACUUCGUCGGCCUCAAGUUCCAGGUCUACAAUGGCAAGAGCUACAUCGACGUGACGAUUACAGAAGAGAUGGUGGGACACAAGCUGGGAGAGUUCUCCCCGACGAGAAAGCCCUUCAUCUGGACCAAGUUGUAA